AUGGAUAGUGUAGUGGGUCUUCUGCUCCUUCUCCUUGAUAUUUUCAUCACCAGAUUCUUUGUUUAUGUCCCCCAAUUGUGUACACCGGCAUCUCAAUUCUUCCAAUCGCACCCCUCUUUCAUGAAUAUCUACUAUCCGUUGUUAAGCUAUCUUCACUGUGCUCAACCUCUCAUCCAAAUAUUCCUGACAUUAAAUCGAAUGUCUUCUGUUGUCUGGCCAGUUGAUCACAACAAAGUUUGGAAGAAAAACCUCCCAUUCAUCUUCUUUUUCAUCCUCCUCACCCCUUUUCUAUUCAUUUGGAACACUAUCAUUUCUCAAAAAGUGGUUGUUUACUAUUUCGGUGGAUUCUUCAUGAUCGGAUUGAAAGCAGUCGAAUGGGCUGACAUUUCUCUUUUCCUGUUUUCCGUCAGAUCCGUUGCCGUGAUGAUUACAGUAACCUCUACUGUUAUCAUGUUUUUGAGAAUGUCAAAAAUGAAAAAGAGACUGAAAUCUUCCGAGAGAAUAUUGUGUUUGGCGUGUGUCAUUCAUUCGAUAUGCUUCAUGAUUCCAUCGUUUUUCGAGGCGUUGGCACUAUUCAACGAAGAAUACGGAAAGUCGUGGAUUAAUUUUUUGAUUCAACCAUUUGCAUGGGAUGUCUUGAAUGUUGGAUCUCCAUUAAUAAUGAUAUUUGUGAGUGGGCAACUACGGAAUCACGUGUUCGACGUAUCUAUUGGAUGUUUGAAAAAGAAGAAAGAUCCGAGAAGAGUUAAGGGACUUGUUCUCCUUCUUCUCGACAUUUUCAUUACUAGACUCUUUGUUUACUUCCCACAACUAUGCGUUUCCGGAUCUGAAUUCUUCCUCUCCUACCCUAUAUUCAUGGCCAUCUAUUAUCCGCUCUUGAAUUAUCUUCAUUGUGCUCAACCUCUCAUUCAAAUAUUCCUGACAUUGAACCGAAUGUCAUCUGUUGUCUGGCCAGUAGAUCACAACAAAUUGUGGAAGAAAAACCUCCCAUUCAUCUUCUUAUUCAUUCUCCUCGUCCCAUUUCUAUUCAUUUGGAACACCAUUAUUUCCCAGAAAAUCUUGAUCUACUACUUCGGAGGCUUCUAUAUAAACUGUCUGAAACUAGUCCCAUGGGCUAGUAUGUCCUUAUUCACAAUGGUAAUAAGAUCAGUCGCCGUGGGGAUUACUGUAGUCUCAACUGUUAUCACAUUCUGGAAGAUGUCAAAUAUGAAGAACAGAUUGAAGAAAUCUGAGAGAACAUUAUGUUUUGCAUGUGCAGCUAACUCAGUUUGUUUUAUAAUUCCCGCAGGUUUCGAAGCAAUGAAAGUCUUAAAUUCAUUUUGGUCGACCUAUUGGUUGGCUUAUCUUCUACAGCCAUUCGCAUGGGAUGUCUUGAAUGUUGGCUCUCCUCUUGUGAUGAUAUUCGUCAGUGAUCAACUACGUGGUCAUGUAUUCGGAAUAGACACAAAGAAAAAGACGUCGAUGAGAUCGAAUUCUAUUGUGGUGUCUUCUGUGACUAACUGA